AUGAGUGCCCACUGUCAAGCAAGAGAAUCAGUUCAAGCAGUACAACAUAAUGCUCCCAAACCAAUAGUAAAAUCGAAUAAUAUAAAAUAUAAGAAGGAAAGAAAGCACACAAUUUACUCUACUGCUUACAUAGCUACCGACAACAAAAGUUGUAAAAUGUGCAAAAAGGGUCAUCCAAUAUUCUUAUGUUUCAAGUUCAAACAACUCAACUCACAAGAACGAAUAAACAAGGCAAAGGAGUUAAACCUUUGUGUGUGUUGUCUAUCAGAAGGCCACAAAAAGGAUUCUUGCAAAUAUCCUGGCUGUAAGAAAUGUAACGCGAAACACAACACGUGGCUCCAUCCUGAUGAUGUUCCAAUCACGACCGAUUCAACCGUAAGUCAGAAUGGAGUCCCAAAAGAGUCAGCUAACACUGUUAUAGUUAUGACUGCUAGACCAACUAGUCAAAAACCAAGGAAAACUUCAAUGCUAUUAACAGCGUUAAUAUUAGCUCGUGAUCAAAGAGGAUCAUAUCAACUAAUCCGCGCAUUACUUGAUCCCCGAGCUCAAUCCAACUUUAUAACCGAACAUGCAGCUCAACUUCUCGGUUUACAAAGAAUCAAUCUGAAUGCAACAAUCUCAGGAAUGGGACAAGAAACGUCGGUAGUCUGA